ACGACCCAACAUACAGAACCAAAGCCACAUUUUUAGUUGGUUAUGUCAGAUAAUUUGCAUAUAAAUAUAAACAAAUUAUAACAAAAGCUGAAAUAAAAUAUGUUAUCAAAUAUGAAAGAAGCUGGUGAAAUUGUAAUGCCAGGUGACACAAUAAAAGUAGCAACACCACAAAAUCCAAAAGAAAAAAUAAUACUUGGUCCAGGAUUACGUCGUGAUGGUGAUAUUUUAUAUGCAUGUAAAGCAGGUUUAUUAAAAUUUCGUACACCAUCAAUUUAUUAUGUUGACAGUUAUCAAAGAAGAUAUAUUCCAAAUCGUGGUGAAAGUGUUGUUGGUAUUGUAACCCAAAAAGCUGGUGAUAUAUUUAAAGUUGAUAUUGGUGCAUCUGAACAAGCAUCACUUCCAUAUCUUGCAUUUGAAGGUGCAACUAAAAGAAAUCGUCCAGAUGUACAAAUUGGUGAUAUUGUAUUUGCUAAAUUAUUAAUAGCAUCAAAAGAUAUGGAACCAGAAUUAGUAUGUGUUGAUUCACAAGGUAAAAAAGGUAAACUUGGUGUUCUUGGACCAGAUGGAUUAUUAAUAUCAUGUUCAUUAAAUUUAACAAGAAAAUUAUUAAAUCCAAAUAAUAGACUAUUUACUUUAUUUGCUAAAGAACAAGCUUAUGAAAUUGCUGUUGGUAUGAAUGGUAAAAUAUGGCUAAAAGCAAGAUCAAUCAAAGAAACAGUUGCUUUGGCAAAUGGUAUAUUAGCAUCAGAAUAUACACCAACUGAUAAAAUACUAUCAUUAUGUAAUGAUAUUGCACAAACUGUUCUUAUAUCAUAGUUUGUUUAUUUUUUUCAAUUUUAAAUGUAACAUAUUAUAGGUAAAAAUA